CACUUUGUGUGCAGGAAAUUUAUAAAGUCUAAGAGGAAGUUUCGUUUAAGCUGAUUUGAUUAGUGAUUACCUUUCUUAUUUGCUUCAACUCGAUCAGAGAAAUUCAAUUAUGAUAAUAGUGAUAUGAUGAGAUGAAUGACCUUUUAUUUGAUAGAUUAACGGGGGUGAUAACCCCCUUGGAAUUUGCUACUACUGUUACCGAGUCAUUCUAUUCGUUAUUAAAGCAAACGGCAAAGAAAGAUGUGUUUCCUGCUAAUUGUCAUAGCAAUGCUGCAGUGAAUAGUUUAUCAUUAGAGAAGAGUGAUUAUCAAUUCCUAUUGAGUGGUUGUGCAGAUUCUUCUAUCAAAUUAUGGGACUUGAAACAACAAGAUAUUCAAACUACCGAAAAUGAAGUGGAUGCUUCUUAUAUUAAGAAUAUUUCUGAAUAUGAUAAUUAUGAUUAUGAUAAUCCAGUAUCAGCUUUCACAAAUCUAGCGACGAUACCUCGAAAAUCAGCUCAUCAAUUUGGAAUUUCUGGUUUACAAUGGUGGCCUUAUGAUACGGGUAUGUUUGUUACUGCAUCGUUUGAUCAUACUGUGAAAAUAUGGGAUACUAAUGAAUUGACUCCAGUUCAUUCAUUUGAUAUGGAUAAUAGAGUUUAUUCAAUUGAUAUUUGUGGUCAUGAAUCUCCUAAUAAGUUGACUUCAUCAGCUUUAGUUGCGGUUGGAAGUGAUCAACCAUUCAUAAGAUUACUAGAUUUAAGGUCAACUUCUAGUUCUCAUACUUUAACUGGUCAUAAGGGGAAAACUUUAGUGGUCAAAUGGCAUCCUAUUAAUCCCAAUCUAUUAAGUUCAGGUGGUUUAGAUGGUGAAGUGAAGGUUUGGGAUAUUAGAAGAAGUAAGAGUUGUUUAUGUCGUCUUGAUAUGUUACGAACAAAUAGUACCCUAGUUACGAGUAGUGAUAAUUUAACUAGAGCUUCAGUUAAGGCUCAUCUGGGUCCUGUAAAUGGUUUAGUUUGGGAUGAACAAGGUACUUCGUUAUUCACGGCCGGUAAUGAUGAUAAAGUGAGAGUGUGGGAUAUGGUAUCUUCAUUAGCACCCCCAGUUAAUAAAUUGGUUAAUUUUGGUCCUUUAACGAGAAACAAAUAUCCUCAAACUAUCCCAAUACUAUUAAACCCAAAGGGAGAAACUGAACUACAAUAUUUAUUAUUUCCAUCUGAAAGUAGUGAUGUAUUUGUUUAUCGUACUAUUGAUGGGAAAAUGGUAACCAGAUUAUCAAGACGUGGUACCAAAAAUAUCGGUCGAACAACUUCGAUGGUAAGUGCAGGUCCAUUUACAGGAACUUAUUUCUGUGGAACCAUGGAUGGAGAGAUUAUUAGUUGGUCUCCUCAUUGGGAUAAACCAAAUAUACGAGAUUUGGUAGAUGAUAUCCCAUUAGAAGAAGAGACAAUUGAUCUAGACCCUAUAAAGACAAGAUUAGACAAACAAGAAGUCAUUGAUAGUCUUGGAGCUGAUCCAUUCUUUAAAUAGUUUAUACUGUACCAUCAUCUGUAUUAAUAUAUAAUAUUGUAAUUACACUUUAAAGUGGUACCUUUUUCAAGGUGUACUAUACAAAUUUCCCUGAAAUCAAAAAAAAAACGGUGAGAAAUUU